CCAUAUAGUCUUCGGUCAUCUCCAUAAUAUUGGGACGGAUAGCAAUCGGGAACGAUCUCACCAACUAGCAUGAUAAUGGCUUCCUUAACUCUCUCUCCUGCUGCUCCUUCGCAGCUAUGCUCAAGCAAGAGUGGCGUGUUCCGCCCUUCACAAAGACUUCUUGUGAAACCAACUGGGAAAAGUGUUAUGAAAAAGGAGAAGGGAAUGAGAAUCACAUGCCAGGCCACUACAAGUAUCUCUCCUGAUAGAGUGCCGGACAUGGGCAAGAGACAGCUCAUGAAUCUGCUUCUGUUGGGGGCUAUUUCACUCCCCACCGGUUUCAUGUUGGUUCCUUAUGGAGCCUUCUUUGUCCCACCUGGUGGCGGAGGUGCCGGUGGCGGUACCAUUGCCAAGGAUGCAAUCGGGAACGAUAUUAUUGGUGCAGAAUGGCUUGAGACUCAUGGCCCCGGGGACCGAACCUUGGCUCAAGGAUUGAAGGGAGACCCGACUUACCUAGUGGUGGAUAAAGACGGAAGUCUCGCAAAUUAUGGUAUAAAUGCUGUGUGCACACACCUCGGCUGUGUUGUUCCAUGGAAUCAAGCUGAGAACAAGUUCAUAUGCCCCUGCCAUGGAUCUCGGUACGACGAUCAAGGAAGGGUUGUGAGAGGUCCUGCCCCCCUGUCUUUGGCAUUGGCUCAUGUUGAAGUUGAAGACACAGACGGGAAGGUAGUGUUAGUUCCAUGGGUGGAAACUGAUUUUAGAACCGGUGAAGCUCCCUGGUGGGCUUAGACAUAGACACGAUCAUUGGCUGUUUGUUUGGGUUGCAUUUGAGAUUAUAUCCACUAUCUAGAGUCUAGACAGUAUGUUUUGUAAUGUUGUUGAACAUCCUAUGACAUAGUUUUAUGCCCUGCAUAACGCAGAUAGUAGGUUGUAAGCCUGUAAUAACACUAUAGUAUUCUUGUUUUGUUUUUUUCUUCCCUCUUUUUCCAUGGAUUAGGGUUAAAAGUGCUUGUUUA